AUGGGUUGUGCGUGUGAUUUUGCCUUAAAUGGCCUAAAUGUCCCCCCAAAAAAAAAAAAACGGAAUUUUCUGUCCACGGAGGAUUUCGUUUGCCGUGAGAUUUGGAUUUGCAUUUUAGGCCGUUUGGCUGGAUUUCGCCCAAAUCCGGCCUUAAAUCCGCCUAAAUCCGCAUACCAAACAGCCCCUAAAGUAAACGAGGAUUUCUACAAUCGAACGCUCUCGGGAGGGCUGAUCACCAUCAUUUCUUCCAUCGCCAUUCUUCUGCUCUUCAUCUCCGAGAUCAGGCUAUAUAUUUAUUCAGGCACCGAGACUAAGCUAAUUGUAGAUACCUCAAGAGGAGAAAGACUGCGUGCCAAUUUUGAUGUUACAUUUCCAUCCCUUGCUUGCUCCCUUUUGAGUGUUGAUGCUAUGGAUAUCAGUAGUGAGCGUCACUUCGAUAUCAGGCAUGACAUUGUAAAGAAAAGAUUAGAUCAUCUUGGGAAAGUCAUUGAUUCAAGAAAAGGUGAUAUUGGUGCACCACAGGUGAUAUUUGCCUAAAUGUUCACUCUUUUAACCUAUUUCUUUCUUAAUUAGUGGGUCAAAAUUUUAUAUUAUUUACUUUUCGUUAAGCAACGUGAGUACACAUCGCUCAAGUGCUUGCAAAAAUUGUGUAGCUGAAACUCAUUAGUUAGUGCAGUUUAAAUAUUUGCGAUCAUAAUGGAUUGCUGAUUUGUUGGAGUCAUCAUUGGAUGAGUUCGAGUUUGAGGAAAGUUGUGUAAAUUCGAUGCUAUUCUGUUCAUUUUACGUUAGGUUUGGUUCA